AAGACUGCGCAGAAAGUUAUUUUUUAUUUCCAAUACUUCCAAACAGCUGUUUGAUUUUUUUAAUUUUUAUUAUAUUUGCCUAGUUCCUGAAGUUUUUUUAUAGCAUUCCGUUGACUUACCAGAAGUGCGUGCUAUGUAGUAAUUAUUUACUUUUAAAAUUAUUAUCAGAGUAAAAUAAUUGUGAAAUGGGCGAAAGUAAAGUGUUUCUAGUAAUUAUUUAUGUUAGUCAAAUGUUUGACUUUGUGUGACGUCAUAUCCAGGCGUGGUGAAAAAUGGCUGUUUCCCUAGAGGAGAUUAGAAUGAUAAGAUUGUUAAUUCGCAUGAAUGCGUAAAUAAAUAUAUGUCUAAUGGAGAAAUACUGUAGUUUUAGUAGUGAAUUUUUCUUGUGUUCUAGCUGGAGGCAUAAACUGCCGCUCGAGCUUCAGAACCGAUGAUGGGUACAUAAGACAUGGAGCUCAAUCACGAGUGUAAAAUGUAGUUGCUUUUUUUGUAAAGUGACAGAUGCAACAGAACAUACCCCACUCAUGUAGCAGUUUAGUGUAUUUAAUUUGGUGUAGUAGUUUAGUAGUGAACUGUGCCUAACGUCGUGCUGUGCAACAAUGUGAUAAAACUUGGUGAUAAACAUUUUGAAGCACUUCAGAAAUUAACGAACUCCCUUGUGGCCGGUCGUUGGCCACAGUUUCUAAACUAGACGUGUUGUGUUUGGAUCCGUCGCCAUGUCGUUCCUGAGCAACCUGAAGAAGGUGCUGCAUCUCGGCAGCGGAAAUGAAGCCAAGAAAAAGAAAGUUUUCAACAACAUCAAGAUGGACACAGACCCUGAGGAAUUCUGGGAAAUGAUUGGUGAGCUGGGAGACGGUGCCUUUGGGAAGGUUUACAAGGCUCAAAACAAGAUAGGCAAUAAUCUAGCAGCAGCCAAGAUGUGUGCCAUUGAGGGUGAAGAUGACUUAUCUGAUUUUAUGAUUGAGAUAGACAUACUGUCGGAGUGCAAGCACCCCAACAUUGUUGGUCUUCACGAAGCAUUCUUCUUUGAGGGGAAGUUGUGGAUGCUGAUUGAGUACUGCGACGGCGGGGCUGUGGACUCCAUCAUGGUGGAGCUGGAGAAGCCUCUGAACGAACCGCAGAUUGCGUACAUUUGCCAGAACAUGUGCGAGGGUUUGGUGUUCCUGCACAACAACAAGGUCAUACACAGGGAUCUGAAGGCAGGAAAUGUGUUGCUGACCAUGCAGGGUGGAGUCAAACUGGCGGACUUUGGAGUAUCGGCAAAAAACAAAUACACGCUCCAAAAGCAUGACACAUUUAUCGGCACACCUUACUGGAUGGCACCAGAAGUGGUCUUGUGCGAAACAUUUCGUGACAAUCCAUAUGAUUUUAAGGUGGAUAUCUGGUCUCUUGGCAUCACGCUCAUAGAGUUGGCUCAGAUGGAGCCCCCGAAUCACGAGAUGUCCCCCAUGAGAGUGUUGCUUAAGAUACAGAAGUCCGACCCCCCUAGGCUCGACCAGCCCUCCAAGUGGUCUCGAGACUUUAAUGAAUUCAUUUCAAAAUGUCUUAUCAAGGAUCCCAGUCAGCGACCCACCGCAGAUGAAUUGCUCAAGUUAUCGUUUAUAAACUGCACGCUGGACGCGAAGCCAGUCAGGGACCUGCUCUUGGAGUACAAGGCCGAGGUGGUUGAGGAGGAACUCGUCGACGACGAAACUGAGGAGCACCGUGCCUCGCAGCUGCCUCUGGAGCUGGAAACAAACGAAGAUGACUCAACCUCCAUUAAGAGUGACAGCGACCUGAAGAUGCUGGAUGCUGGGUCUCGGGAAGGACCAAAGGACCAGGCAGACGGAUUGAAAAGGGUUGCAGAAAAACAGGAAGAAGAAGGGGAGAGAAAGAAAUUAAAGAAAGAGGAAGAAAAGCAGUAUGAAGAAGGCGAAAAGACAACAUCGCAGGGCAGUAAGAAAUCAUCAGAGGUCCUAGAGAAAAGACUGUCGAGAGAGAAGGGUCCUGCUCCCCCGCCUCCCGUCAUGCCUAAAACCGAGGAGCAGUCGUCUGGUCCUGGCAAGUCUGUGACCAGUGUGGAGAAAGAGACCCGACGUUCGAGUGAUGAUUCUGGUCCCUCGCCCAGCACCCAGUCAUCCGCGUGGCAGUCCGUUGACGCUCCGUUCGUGGUCAAGCCCGAGAGAGAGAAGUCUGAUGGCCAUGACAGUUCCCCCACACCACCUCCCUUGGUUGUGCUUUCCCCACCGGAGGAUGUGAAGACUGGGACCAAGACAUCGUCCACUCUUGUGGUGCCUUGUGUGGAGCCUGCGACUGAACCGAAGACUACAUCUGCGACAGUGACUACAUCUGCCACCGUGACUUCAUCUGCCAACGUGACUUCAUCUGCCACCGUGACUUCAUCUGCCACCGUGAAUUCAUCUGCCACCGUGACUUCAUCUGCCACCGUGACUUCCCCUGCGACUGUGAUAUCUGAGACCACGACUCCAUCUGUAACCAAAUCCACAUCCGAGACCAGGAUAGUACCUGAAAUUAAAACAUUAUCUAAAGCGACCACUCCAGCUGUAGUAGCUGGGGUCACUACUGCAGAUGCCAUUGGUAUAUCAGAUAGCAAGAAUGUAGUUGCAGGACAGGAUAAGGAUGCAAGAACCCCUUCAAAUGAUGUAAUUGUGGUCUCUGCAUCAUUGCCUAUAAAGGAAAUGCAGCAGCAGGUAGAUACGCAGUUGAACAAGUCCACCAUAACAAUAACUUCAGAUGUGCCAGAAGAUCUGAGCAACGCCCUAAACACAGUGACUCAGGUGACGGUGGUCACCACCACACACCCUCCCGUCUUGCUGCCGCCCAUCGACCAGGUCUCGGGCCAGCCGCCCUCCCUCGCCAGACCUGCCGACGAGGUGGUGAUCGUCGCCAACGAGACCAACAAGACCCAGAUCAACGAGUCUUCGACGGACGACGACCUUUACCACUCCCUGGACUCCCUGGAGUGCGUGGGCCAGCGGCUGGAUGAGAGCGAGGUGUUCAUCGUGAACUCGAGCAUCGUGAGUGGCGGUGACGAGAACGCCAGUGCCCGCGACGUGAUCCACAGGGACGCCAGCUACGUGUCGGUGGUGACGGUGGGUGAUGAAGAUGAAGAGGGGGCAGAGGACAAGGACCGGGUUGGGAACGUGGUCAAGAGGCCGGCUUACAGCUCCCAGAGCGAUGUGUCGCAUGUGUCCAUCGGCCAUAGCUACAGCAGCAAGAGCGAUUCGGGAACGGACGAUGAAGCUGGCCGCACGUCCAUCAUCGUAGAGGGCAUGACUAUAGAGUCUACAGAUGUGGACCAGUUCACAGAUGGCCAACCUUCCGCAGUGAAGAAAGUGAAUGGCGAAGCUGUGAGGCCUCCGUUGAGAGAGAACGAGGAUGUGUUCAUCGUAGUGAGCAAGUCUCGCAAGAGAGAGAAGACUGCAUCUAAGGAGGAGCAGAGAUCGUCUCCAGAGCAUUAUGAUGCAUCGAUAUCGCACUCGGACAGUGGAUCUACGAGAAGUAGCGGCCACCUGACGCCUCCUUCGUCCACUGUCCGCUCUCUGGACAGGCUAGAUGCAGAGAGUGUGUCAACCACAAUCAGCCAGGACAGCCAAGGAAGCAACAAGGAGAACCACCUAGACAACCGCCCUGACGAUCUCGAUGGUGUGGUGUUGCGGCACAAGCCUGAGUACAGACAAGAACCUCGCAGAACUGCACGCACGAAAGAGGACAUAGCAGUAAUGAACCUGAAGAAAAAGACUCGUAAGAGGACACGUAAAUUUGAAAUAGAUGGUGUGGUUGUUACCACUACAACAAGCAAGGUCAUUUAUGGUGAUGAUGAAAAUGGCAAUGUGUAUGAUGACCACAUUUUCAGGAAGCAGGAGCUGCGGGAGCUGAAGAUGCUGCAGAAGCAGGAGCAGAAACAGUUCCAGGACCUGUCCUUCAAGGCUCAGCUGGCCCGCGAGCAGCAGGAUAAGCGGUUCGAGCAGGAUAGGAUAGCACUGCUGCGGGCAUACGAGUCUGACUUGGACACACUCAGCAGGCAUCAGAGGCAGCAGGUGGAGAGGGCUACCACUCAGCAGGAAACCGAUCUUCGCAUGUCCUCCAAGAAGAUUCGUGGCGAGCAGGAGCGAGAGCUAAAACAGUUCAGGGAUGGUUUGAAGCAAGAGCUCCGGCUACUCAAGCAGGAGGUGGAUCUGAUGCCCAAGGACAAGCGCAAGAACAUAUUUCGCACGCGCAAGGAGAAACUGGAGGCUGAUCAUGAAGAAAGGGAGAAGGCGUUCUUGGAGAAGUUGAAUGAGACCCAUGAGUCAUCCUUGAUGAGGCUCAAUGAAACUCACAGAGAAAAGAUUGCUCUCAUGGAGAAGCAGUUCCUGCAGCAGAAACAGCAGCUGAUGCGAUCCAGGGAGGCAGCAUUGUGGGAGCUGGAGGAAAAGCAGAUUCAUGAGAGACACCAGCUGUCCAAGAGGCAGCUCAAAGACAUCUUCUUCCUGCAGCGCCAUCAGAUGCUGUCUCGCCAUGAGAAGGAGUUGGAGCAGAUCAAGCGGAUGAACCAGCGCAAGGAGGAAGAGCUGCUGAAGGGACAAGCGGUCGAGAAGAGGGCGCUACCAAAGCGUAUCCGGGGAGAGAUGAAGGCUCGCGAGAUGAUGUUCCGUGAGUCCAUGCGCAUCAGCAUGAGCAUGCAGCCCGACCCUGAGGAGGAGCGCGAGAGGCUCAAGAAGUUCCAGGAGAACGAGAAGAAGCGGUACCGCGCUGAGCAGAUGAGGUUCGAAGUGAAGCACCAGCGGCAACUGGAGGAGCUGCGAGCGACGUGCGAUGCCACCAUCAAGGAGUUGGAGCAGCUGCAGAACGAGAAGCGGAAGAUGCUAAUGGAGCACGAGACAAUGAAGCUCAAGGAACAAGAGGAAACGUACAGCCGUGAACUUAAGGAAUGGAAGGCUCAUUUAAAGCCACGCAAGCAGAGGCUGGAGGAGCAGUUUGCUCAGCAGCUGGAGGAGCACGAGCAGGUGCUGGGCUCGCCCUCGCUGCUGCCCGCCGACCUGCCGGCGCUGCCCCCCGCCCCUCACCUCGCGGGGUCCACCCGCAGCAGCCUCUCCUCCGUGUCCGAGGGCUGACCGGCGCGUCUCUUCCCUUCCUGGUUCCGCUGGCACGCACGGCAUCAAGCUUCACUAGUCAUCUAUCCAGCAGGGGAUGUCGGUCUUCACAGAGUUGGAAACAAUUCAAUCCCAGUUACAUAUAUAUGAUGGUGCAUUUUUGUGAAACGUUUUGGACAACUCGAUUCUGCAUUACCAGUGUUUUUUUUAUGGCCCUUGGUAACACUGCCAUUAAAAGUAAAAAAAAAAAAAGCUUACGGAAAUAUGAUAGUAUAUAGCUUUUUAAAGUUGUUGAUUGAAGCAGGAUAUCUAAUGACAGAACAACUGUAAUCUAACAUGAUAAAAUAUUUAUAAAUAAUCGCUGGGAAAAGUAAAAUUUUUAUUUUGAGAGUUGUAGCAAAGUAGUUACAUGAAAGUGUGUAACUAGGAUCAUUGUGUUCUGUGGACGUGAUGAAUUAUGGUUUUUUUUUUUUUUUUUUUUUUUUUUUUUGGAGCUGAAAAUAUUUUCGAAAAUUUUCAAAGCGUGAUAUUAUUUGGAAGGCUUUAUUAUUGUUUUGUAAUAUAAUUACUAUACCCCAUGGCAUGCUUAAGAAUGUUUUGUAUACUGCUGUUAAUAUAAUUUCAUCAAUUUUAUCUCAAACAAAUAACUAACACUAUUAUCUGUUACAUUAGAUAUUGGUUGAAUUAUGGUAAACUCGAGUCACUCUAGAGGAGGUUGGUUGCCCCCAAAAAUAAGUUAAAUAUUCCCUUGUGUACAAUUUGUAGAAUAAUAUUAAUCUCAUUACAUUCAUGCCGUUAAUAAGCCUCGGGUUUGACAUUUAUUUUUAAAGACUUCACUUCCAAUUUACUACGUCAUAAAUAUAGCAAGAAUCAAAAAAUAACUUAUACAGAAAGAGAAACUAUGAUAAAUUGCCAAAACUAUUUUGUGGAAGUGCAUUUUUUAAUUUAAUUUACGGAGCAUUUAGUUUGCAAAUAAUUUUAGUUGUGCUUCACUAUCCAGCGAUUCUUGGUUUAGCAAGAAAGAUUGGCUAGUCAUUAUUUUUUUAUAAAUAAAUUGUAAUUUUUUCAGUGCAUGAUAUUUUGAAAUGGGUGCACCCAAUCAUGUAGUUUCUUCACGAGAAAUAAAUUAAAAAUAUAUGCUAUAAAUAAUAUUAAGCAUAUUAUUCACAUUAUUCCUGAAAUUACAACUUACAUCAUCUUUAUUGUUCAAAUCUUAAUUUCUCAAUGUGAGAUUUGUCAUGUUUCAGUUCAAAUGUAAUUUACUCUUUUAUACUCUUCAUUAGCUAUGCAGUUAUGAAAGAACCAUUAAUGGUUUAUAACAUCAUCGAUCAACAUGUCAUUAAACAAUCCAGUAAUUAAUUUUUCUAAUUAAUAAAUUUUGGUACAAAAACUUCACACAAUUUUAACCUUUAAAAUUAACUCAAUUAACACAACUGUUCAUUUUAUGUAAAGACAUUCUAUAAACAAUUUAUUUAACAAAAGUAAUUAGUGUUGCCGUGACCAUUUUAUCAACAAACUUAAUCAAUUCAAACACUGCUGCAAUAGAGUAUAAUUUUACUCCCAAGAUUCUGGAGCUGUCCCAAUAAAAACUGGUCUGGCAUGAUGAAAGAAGAUUAAUUAUUAGCUCUAUGAUGGUAAGAGUAGGGAAAUGUCUUCGUAUUUAUUUUUUAAGGGAAUGCUUUUAGCUUUUUAGACUUACAGUAUGUAUUUUUGUUUAUUCUAUGUUGAAAGUAAAUGGAAAUGCAGGAUUGCACGCUAAAGUGGAUAUCAGUGAUAAAUUUUGCAAAGUAGCAAGUGUGAAUGAAUUUUAAGUAUCUAAUGUCUUACAUUAAGCAAGGGUGUUAAUACUUUCUGUCAUUAUCUUCAUCUUUCUUUCAAAGAUUUUUAGGUUCUCAUCUUUUGCAAAUUUCCUAUGUUAUGCUGCAUGGGAAACUGGAUAUUUAACUAGAACAGACUCAAUAUAAUGUUAUGUAUCUGGUUUUAACUCCACUUGAUGCCUGACUAACGUACUUAUCUUGACUCUAUGGCAAAAAAAUUGCAUCAAAUCAUCCAUCUCUACAUUUUGUGUACAUCUUACUGGUAAGUUUAAGGCAAGGUUUAUUUAUAUAUUUAUGAAUCACAUGUGAAAUAGUAAAUCUAACGAAACACCAAUCUGAGUUAAUUGUUUUACACAAGCAAAAACAUUUUACCAUGUUUGUUACAGUAUUUGGCAGAAAUUGUUUCUUAAAAUUAUAUUAAAUGCUUUGAAAUGUUUUGUUUUGAUAUUUUAUCAUCAUGGACAGACAGAUUAUUAUUUUGAACUUUAACCUGCUCGGCUGUGUUGGUUCUUGCGUUAUGGGCGUAUUGUACACCUAGUGUCUCGUAUGAGCAUGUGGUUUAGUUUGCACAGAGACAGAGGCAACACAUUGGGACCUUAUGUUACUUAGCCAAACUUGUGUACAAUUUAUUUAAACCAGUUACUUUUUUUUUAUUAUUAUCACCUUUGUUAUUCAAACAUAUUAUAAGCUAGCACCUCAACUUAUUACACAGUUGUCAAAAUAACCAAAUCUACUCGAAUAAGCCGCUAUUGGAUAAUGUCACACUGAAAUUGUACAGCUGGUGAUAUUCUUCGUAUUGACACGUACAGUAAUAUUUUUAUGGACGUUACUCAUUUCAAAUAAGUAGUUGCAUUAACCGUUACAUGUCUUGAAGAGUAUUUUUAAUGGAAGAUUUUCUUCCCAAUGAAUUUAUAUAAUUUCAGCAUCUUGUGGUUUUCUACAAAAAUUUGACUAAACUGUUUAGGGACUUAGCGAUUAAGACAACACAAUUUUAGUGAGCAAGAUUAUUCAGUUAAUGUUCCCAAUGAAGAAGAAUUCACAAUAUGUAUAUGUUGCCUCUGCUACUUUAUUUUAUGUAGAAGUCAGAAAAAAAUUCAUCAUGAUGUUGCAUGUAAUUGUAUUGUUUUUUUUGUUUAUAGAUAAAUUACUGCCUUCAUAAAUUAAUGAGAUUAAUGAUUGACCAAAGGGUGAUGUUUGUAAAUGUCACAUUGGCAGGUUGUUAUGAAUUAACUUUAGAGGAUAUGAUGUUGCAUAUAGUGUGUGCAAACAUGUGAAUCAUUAAUCACUGGAUAAUCAUUUUAGCAAUAAUGCUUUCAUGUAAGUAGGAUGAUGUUCAGUGUCUGGUUACAGUGCUUUGAAACCAAUUGAAAUGUGUGCGUGUUGGUAGCCUUUAUAAAUUUAGUGUACUUAUGUGCAUAGCCAACUAUGUAAAUCCUUAAUUUUUUGCUUUCAGUGUGUAUGCUUUAUUGUUAUCCAUUAAGCUAAUGUUAAGUAAAACAUACAUUGUGGUGCUUACCUACCUGGCACGUGAACCACACUUACAAAAUGUUUUGAGAUUUUUUUUUAUUAUUUUUUAGAGAAGUCAGCUUUUGAUCAUUUGUACUUAUUUAAUUUGCUACAUAUAGAAGUGCGCUUAAAACUACAUAAAAAAAAGUAUUUACUUUGAUAUAUAAAAUUUUACAAUUUAUAAUGUAAUUUAGUUUUAAAAGACGUGUGUCAGUGUAGUGCCUCGCAGGUAGUCGCAAGUAGGUGCCAGUGUUCAGUGCUUGCGGGCCUCUACUGGGAACGAGCAGCGCAGCAAGAGAGUGCAGUGUUGACAACCUUAGCAUUGCCCUGGUUGUUAGGCUCUCCGUACGAGCAGUGUUUGCUUCUGCCCAGACGUUGUGUAGGUUUGCAUUUGGAAUAGAAUAUGCAAUGUUAGUUCUCAUGCUGUGUACAAACAAGUGUGAACAUCCAAAAACACUUGUCUUCAGAAAUUUGUAGUAAAAGCCUGAGGCGAACUUUCUCGUUAUAACAAACACCAAAUGUUGUUUCAAUUAGAAGUAGAUAAGUGUAACACAACAAAAUGCAUUUUGAUUUCUCUACAGCUAACUAUAAUUUUGUUUUUUAACAAAGAUGUUGAAUUGUUUUACUACCCUGUUAGUUGUUUGCCUCACGUCCUUUAUUCGAAGAUUAUCUUUCAUCACUAAUUACUUAUGUAAUAUUGAAGUCACAACUUCACAUCAUGUGCAGUGUGAUGGGGAAAAGGUGGGGGGGUUAGCAAAAUGUAUUGAAGAAAUCCUUUUCUUGCAGAAACCACACACAAUGAAAGGAGAAACUUGUUUUAGCUGUAUAACAAAUUAGCUUGAUGGAGGUUUUGACUGUAGUUUUAAACACCAUAAAAGCUGUUUGAGAGAAGUAUUACUUUGUUUGAAUGUAAUGUUUGAAUAUGUGUAACCAUCAUUCCUUAACUUUGUUACAUUCAUGGAUAAUCAAAUAGUUUUGCCUUAACUUUUGUGUUCUCUGUGUAGUGUUUUGCCUCCUGUGUGGUAAACUACCUAGCUGAAUGCAGCACUCAGUGGCCACGAGAUGAUCCUUUACUCUGUUCUCUAAGGAAACUGUUUACUCUUGAUAAUCAGUGUUGCAGAUGAGAGCAUUAUUGUUUUUAGACUUCAGAAAUUGUUAUGACGACUUAUGUAAAAAUGUGUAUAGUAAUGGGACUAGUGUUGUACUAAGGAAGCGUGGGGGGAAAGAAAAAAAAAACAUUUCAUGAAUUGAAGUCUGUGGUACAGUAUUGAGUCUUUAGAUCGUUACUUUUAAAACUUUUUGUAUAUACGUAAGCAUAUUGUAAGAUAUAUAUAUACUAUAUUAAAAAAAAUAUGUACAUUGGUUUGUUGAUAUUUUCUACAAGAAGCUAUGUAUGUGUAUAUGCGUAUGUAAUCUGUCCGUUAGCAAUAUUCUGUGAACACAGUUGACUAACUUUCAACACCCUGUUAUAAAUAUUGUAACAUACACACACAAAGAGAGAAUCUCUAACUUUUGUGUAGCGCCCAAACUCUUGUAAGAAUAUUAAAUUCGAAGAGUUUGUAUUAACUAUUAAUAAAUUACCAAUUUAACUGUA